UGUUGUAGCAACACCAAGUGCCAUUGGAUGUUCGUUCAGUGCCUAUAAAAUUCACCCACAGACAUGUUGUCAACACUGAGGAAUCUCUUUGGUAGAGAGAAUGAACAGCAUGGAGAGACCAGAAUCAGGAAGAAGGAAGCUGGCCCUAGGUCUCACUGGAAAACAUGGAGAGACCAAUGGUCCCGGGGAAGACGCAGGACCACUGAGGAGGCACCAUCCCAACUCUCCACCUUUGCUGAGCAGGAGCAGGAAAUGAACGAUGUGGAGAAACUUACCUUUCAGCUGCAGAGUAUGACAUAUGAGCAAACUGAGCUCUGUGGAAUCUUGGGCACCUACACCAACAUGGAUUUGAAGAACAGGAUGGAUUCUCUGGAGAUGUUGAAAAAGGAGCAUAAGCAGGUGAUGUUGGACCUCCAGAAAUUUCCUGUGGAGGUCAUUGAUGCCUUGAACAGGUGCAAGCAGCUGGUUGACAAGAACGAAUCCUACAGCCUGAAACUCCGAGAUUUGGCUCAACUGAAAAGAAAUGUACGUGAGUUGAGGCUGGAGAACAGAAAGCUGUGGGAGGAGCAGGUUGCACUUCAGGAGUCCUGUGAGGAGGUGAGGAAGCUCUUGAAGGAGGCCCACGAGAAGAUCCGUGACCCCUGUGCUGAGCAACAGCAGGUAGGCCUCGGCAGCGGGGCCAGGCUGCCCACCUGUCCAACUAUAAUCAUGGAGACACCCAUGUAG